AUGGAAGCAAAAUUGUCGAUGGAUUGGUGUUUUUCUAUUGCGUGGGAUUUCUUGAAGUGCCUAGUUGUUCCCGUCAAGCGUCAAUUCGGAUACGUCUUGUCCUCCAAGAGCUACGCCAACGGUCUUCAGGAGGAAGUCCAGAAGCUGGCAGACGAGUCUCAGAGGGUCACCUGUCUUGCGGACGUGGCCAGUAACAAUCUUCGGGUUUUCUACAGGGGCUUCACGGAGUGGCAGGCAAGUGCUGAGAAGGCCUUGGUAGAGGCGAAAGACCUGUCGGGCAAAUUUGAAGGGGCGAGCAAGAGUUGCUGCCGCGGGACUCUUCCCGACCCCGUUUGUCGCUAUCAGUUCAGCAGGAAGGCCAAGGAAAAGAUGGAGACCCUCCGGCAACUAACUGAAAAAUGCAGUGAAUUCAAGGAACCGAAUGACAUCUCCUCCAGCCUUCCUGCUCGGGGGAAUGUCACUGCUCCGACUCUGGGCAGGAGAGAGGGCAAAGAAGUCAUGCAGUCGACCGCUGCGACGGCCUCUGCUUCUUCAGCCUCUACUGCGAUUAAGGACGAUGGUGUCUUCGAAUCCAGAGCUCAGAUCAUAAGGGACAUCAUGAAAGCUCUUGCUGAUAACAGCAACAGAGUGGUCGGGGUUUACGGGAUGGGUGGGGUUGGCAAGUCCACCCUUUUGGUGGAUGCCGAAAGGAGACUAAGGGCAGAGAAGUCGUUUGAUUGGGUCACUAAGGCCGACGUGUCGGAAAAUCCAGACAUCAAGACCAUUCAAGGAGAGAUCGCGCAUGCGUUGGGCCUUAGUGACAUAAAGAACGAAGAUAUUGUCAGCGUGCGAGCGAACUUUCUGUGCGACAGGUUGAAAGCCGAGGAGAAGAAGAACAACAAGGUGCUCAUAAUACUGGAUAACCUGUGGGAGGGGUUGGACUUGAAAUCAGUCGGCAUUCCCUGCGGACAUGACAACGAGGUCAUAGGGUGCAAGUUGUUGUUGACGUCAAGAGAUCGUGAUGUUUUGCGAACUGAAAUGGGCUGCGACAAGGACUUCCUCCUUGGUGAGCUGAAGGACGAAGAAGCAAAAAGUUUGUUUGAGAGGCUGGUGGGAGACAAAGUUCAUGAUGACGGGUUCAAAUCCUUGGUGGAUGAAGCCCUCCACAAAUGUGCAGGUUUGCCUUUCCUUAUUGUCCAUAUGGCGAAAGUUUUUAAACGUGCUGAGUUUUCUGACUGUAAGAUUGCUUUGAAGCAAAUUAAGUUGUCUAAAAACGAAGGAAUCGGUGGGGUGAUAAAUGAGAGGUUGCAAUUGAGUUAUAACAACUUAAAAGACUCGGAGAAGUCAUUGUUAGCGCUCUGUGUUGCUUAUGGCACCUCUAAGCCCUCUUUCGAAAACUUGGUGAGGUACGCCGUGGGUUGGGGGCUCUUUCGAGAAGAUGACAACAUGGAAGAAGCUAGAGAGAGUUUGAGAUCAGGGAUUCGUGCUCUUCAAGACUCCUCCCUUCUGUUAGAGGAUGAAAACGCUUAUGGUUUCAAGAUUCACGACUUGGUUCGUGAGUUUGUUGCCUCGGUCGCUUCAAGAGAUCAUCCUCUUGUUGUUUUGAAAGAGAAAGAUAAGUUGUUAGCAGAAUGGUCAGAGGACAAGCUCAAAAGUUGUAGGGCAAUAUGCUUUCCCUACGUCGACAUGAAGGAGCUUCCUGAAGAGUUAGCUUGCCCUGAAAUGCAGAUCUUUUUGUUGUUCACACACAAUAAAACUCUUAAGGUCCCGGAUUCUUAUUUCAACUCCAUGAGAAAACUCAUGGUCUUGCAUCUUUCUUUGGUGCGUCUCAGUCGUUCACCUUCCCCGUUUCAGUCCUUGGAGAACUUACACACUCUCUGUCUAGAUGGGUGCUUGUUAGAUGAUGUAGCCAUGAUUGGCGAGCUAAAGGGGCUGCAUAUUCUCAGCUUUGUCAACUCCAAUAUUCAACGAUUGCCAAAAGAAAUCGGACAAUUGGUACAGCUGAAGUUGCUAGACUUAGACAAUUGCUCACAACUUGAGAUAAUUGAACCGGGUGUGCUCGAAAGCUUGACGAAAUUGGAGGAGUUGUAUAUGGAGAAUAGCUUUGAUCGUUGGAAUGCCGUGGAGCAAACUCCGCCAACUAAUGCCAGGCUCAUUGAGUUGAACAAAUUGAAGAAUCUCUAUACUUUGCAUGUGUCCAUUCUUGAUCCGAGUGUGCUCCCGGAGGAUCUAAACUUCGAGAAACUAACUAAGUACCAAAUCCGGAUAGGUGAUGUGCCACGCCAGCGAAUUCGCAAUGGAUCGAGCAUAUUGGAGCUUAAGUUGGAUCCAAUAAGCGAUAUUCUUCAGAAAGGAUGCAUACAAACUUUAUUAGGCAAACCUGACGAUCUCUUCUUAGAUGGAUUAAACGGAAUUGAGCAGACUAUUUGCGUGUUAUCCCAAAAAGGUUUUUCGAAAUUAAAGCACCUACAAGUCAAGAAUAGUCCCUCCGUCCAUUACGUCCUCCAAUCUCCAUCACAUACGGAGUUUAAGAUGUUGGAGUCGUUACUUCUCGAUAACCUCAUCAACUUGGAGAAGAUAUGCAACAACCAUAUCUCCUCCAAUUCCUUCAGUGCAUUAAAGGUAGUACGAGUUGAAAACCGCAACAAGAUGGAAGUUUUGUUUCCUCUUUCAUUGUUAAGAGAACUUCCACAGCUUGAAGAGAUGCGAGUUGUCAAGUGCCACUUAAUGCGGGAGAUUGUAGAAAUUGAUGAUAGUGGAAAAGUUGAGUUGCCAAAUUUGCGGGUAUUGGAAUUGCGUGACUUGCCAAAUAUAAAAAAUUUUGUCACCGACGGGACGGCUCCUUCAAGUAGUACAUCAAAUGACCAAGUUGGCCCUCAAAUUGCAUUCUUCAACGGGCAACAGAUUACGUUUCCUAGCCUGGAGACAUUACGCAUCUUUGGGAUGGAUAGUAUUGAGAUAAUAUGGGACAAUCAAGUUGCUGCGGAGUCUUUCUGCAAACUAAAAUUGCUUAAUGUUCGUAGAUGCAACAAGCUUGCGAACAUUGUUCCUUCUUACAUUCUUGGACGGCUCAAGAGCUUGGAAAGUUUGCAGGUAGAAUCAUGUGAUUCGCUUGAAGUUGUUUUCAAACUGCAGCCAUUGAGUCCUCUAGAUGGACAUCCCAUUGCUCGUUUCCCGUUAAAAACAUUGGACUUAGAGGGAUUAUCAAAGCUAAAGCGUGUAUGGGAUAAGGAACUUCACAGUCAAGUCAAAUUCCAGUGUCUCCAUUAUGUUAUCAUUUCCAAAUGCAAGAGCCUCACCUCUCUAUUUCCAGCCUCAGUAGCUAGGGAUCUAAUGCAACUUGAGGUGUUGAACAUCGAUGGAUGUGGUGGCAUUGUGGAACUCAUCGAGAAGGAAGGACUAGUUCCCAGGGAUGUGUUCCCAAAGUUAACCUCCCUCGAGCUUAACCAUCUACCAGAGUUGAAAUGCAUCUACACAGGAACACAUGCUUUACGUUGGCCGGCAUUGAAGACCUUGGAGGUGGAUGGCUGUAGCAAAGUGGAGAUACUUGCUUCGCAACUUGAGAAUGAGAUGCCACCUCAUAAACAACCUCUCUUCUUGAUAGAAAAGGGCGCAUUCUCAAAUCUGCAAGAGUUAAAAUUAGAUUUAUAUGGAGGGAUUGAGAUAUGGCAUGGGCAUUCUCAUGACGGAGAAUUCUUCGGCAAGGUUAGAGUUCUCGAGCUUCAUCAUUUCUCGAAGGAAUCUGCAAUAUCCACAUGUCGUUUUGUUCGGAGUUUAACCAACUUGGAAGAGCUGGUUGUACACAAUUCUGAUAUAGAAGAGCUGAGCGACAUUGUGGAAGCCAAAGAAGGCCCAAGGCACGAGCUAAAAGUAAUACCACCAUUUUCCAGAUUUUUUCAACAUCUCAAGACUCUAGAUGUGUCAUUUUGUGAUGGGUUAUCAAAGAUGUUCACACCUACAAUAGCUGGAAAUUUGGUGGAACUCACGGAAUUGAGGAUAAGUAAAUGCAAAAUGUUGACAGAAGUCAUUUGUGACGAUGGAGGUGAGGAGGGGCUUGUGGUGGUUUUCAAUCAAUUGAAGUAUAUGGAGCUUGAUGGGUUGACGGGCUUGAGAUGUUUCAGCUCAAGUAAAUACGCUUUAAUGUUCCCACUCUUGGAAGAUGUCAUUGUGAGUGGAUGUCCCAGCAUGGAGUUCUUUUCUGAGGGACCAAUAAAGGCGCCAAAGUUGGAGAGAGUACAAGUCUCAACAGAAGUGUGGUUUUGGGAGAAAAACCUCGACAUCACCAUCCAAAAUAUGUUUAAAGAAAUGGCUACGAUUGCUACAGUAAAGUUUAUGUGGCUGUCUGAGUUCCCUGAGCUAAUUGGAAAAUGGCAUAGCGAACUUAAUCCCAUCAAGUCAUCUUGGCAAUUAGAAAGACUGACGGUGGAUAAUUGUCCAUCAUUUGUUAACGCUAUUCCAUCCAAAUUGAUGCUUGUUUUAGAGAAAAUGACAACGUUGCAAGUGUGCAAUUGCGAGUCUUUGGAAGAAAUAUUCGAUCUUGAAGGGCUUGAGCCUGUGGAAAUCACUCGGGUGCUACCUCAGCUACAAGAUUUGGGCUUGGUCAAUCUACCAAAGUUGAGGCAACUAUGGAACAAAGAUCUUCAAGGAACGAUGCGCUUCAGUUCUCUAUUUUCUCUGACCCUUUAUAAUUGCAGCAACUUGAGAUAUGCUUUCACUCCAUCGAUGGCUCGAUGCCUUGCAAAUCUAUGCGAGAUUGAAAUAAAGCAGUGUGGUGAAAUGGAAGAAGUGAUCGCAGAGGAAGAAGGGCAGGUAAGCGUGGUGGAGAAGAUCACAUUCCCGAUGCUCCAUGGGAUGACGUUGGAAUGCUUGCCCAAUUUAACUAGUUUCCUCUCGAGAAAGAGUCAUACACUGGAAUGUCCCAACCUAAAAGAGCUAACUAUUGCCCACUGCCCCAAGAUGAGAAGUUUGACUUGGCAUUCUUGGAUGCAGGUUGAUCAGGAUACCCCUUCCCUCUUCACUCCACAGGUACAACUUCCUAUGCUUAAAUCGAUAGUUCUCUCCCACAUGGACAAAUUAAGCAAAAUAUGGACCUGUGGCCCUCAAGGAACUUUCACUUUUAAAUACUUGCAGAAAGUGAAGGCUCGGAACUGUAAGAACCUUGAAAUUUUGUUUCCACAUUGGGUGGCUACAAGUCUAACCCAACUUGAGGAACUUCGCGUGGAGUCUUGUGGGCUCGAGGAAAUAGUCUCGAGCGCGAGUGGAGAUGACAGUCCACACUCAAUUGCUGCUCAAUUUCUUUUCCCAGUAUUGACUUCUCCGGUAUUACAUGAUAUGCCACAACUCAAGAGCUUCUGCCCUAACUUGCUCACUUUGAACUGGCCAUUCUUGAAGGAAUUGCAAGUGACCCAUUGUGAAAAAAUGAAUAUGUUGUCCUUUCCGGCUCGGAAGGCUCUAGAGAUUAAUGAAUUGACAUUCCCACCUUAG